AUGGAAGGGAAUGCCAUGUGUCGUGAGCUGCCGGUGCGAUCGCUCACAGCUGUCCGGGACCGGGAUGGAAAGUCGAGCGGAGGGGUUCAAGAGGCCAGAGCCUCCAACUGCACACAUGCCCACUGCAGGGGGUCAGACUGUGGGAUUAUCAGCGCUAACAUCCAAGCAUUCACACUUGGGUUCUCCAGAGAGCAGCACUGCCCCGCCAGUCACACCUCUCCAUCACCCACAGAGCGCCAGACUUUCUGCCCCGAAACAUGA